AUGUCCUGCUGUAAAUUCAGGAUUUGCACGGUUUGCUGGCAGGACAUCAGCCAGGGCUUGUUCCACGAGUUCCAAAAAGCUGCCGACAAGGGUUUGACAUCAUAUUACCUCAACCAGAACAUCAAGCUGAUACCGCCUCUCGGUGCAUUGGGGGUUCUGGAGACCAUGGAUGUUGGAACCGGAUGGCCCUACUUGGAUCCGGAACUGCCUGGAAUCCAGGGGCUUCAAGACCGACAUUUGCAAGGUCUACCACACCGCUCCUCGGCAAUGCGGGCAUAUGCCGGCGUGCAGGGCUGCAGCUUUUUCGAGCUGAAGGUUUGCUGGUAG